AUGAAGGCUGAUGCGGAAAGGAAGAACCACAGUGUGGUGAUGGAGUUCAUUCUGUUGGGACUUUCAGAUCAGAGAGAGUUGCAGGAACUCAUCUUUGUGGUAUUUUCCCUGGUCUAUGCAGUGGCUGUGCUGGGAAACCUCACUAUAAUCACACUGGCCUCCUUGGACACUCAGCUGCACACACCCAUGUACUUCUUCCUCAGCAACCUGGCCUUCUUGAACAUCUGUUAUGUCUCUCUUGUGGUUCCUAAAAUGCUGACAAACAUCUUAACAGGGAGCAAAAGCAUCCCUUAUGAACUGUGUGCAGUGCAGGUGUACGUCACUGUGUUCCUGGGCUCUGCUGAAUGCCUCAUCCUUAUGAUGAUGGCUUUUGAUCGAUAUGUAGCCAUAUGCAACCCCCUGCGCUACAAUACUAUCAUGAACAGGAGAGUGUGCAUCAAACUGGCAGUGACAUCAUGGACAAUCAGCUUCCUGGUGACAGCCAUUCCUUUAAGCCUGCUGUGGCCUGUGCUGUGUGGCCCCAAUACCAUCAAUCAUUUCUUCUGUGAAACCCCAUCCUUAGUCAUGUUAUCCUGUGAGGACACCUCCCAGAUUGAAACUAUGAUGUUCACAGGGAGUAUCUUCACACUGAUGGUCCCUCUCUUCCUUGUCCUGGUGUCUUACAUUCGCAUCAUCCAGGCUAUACUGAAGAUUGGCUCUGCGGCAGGGCGCCAGAAAGCCUUCUCCACAUGCUCCUCUCACAUGACUGUGGUGACCAUAUUCUAUGGGACGGGGAUGUUCAUGUACAUGCAGCCCCAGGCACAGCACUCCCCAGACAAGGACAAGGUGGUGUCCGUCUUCUACGCUGUUAUCAACCCCAUGCUGAAUCCCAUUAUUUACAGCCUACGCAACAGGGAGGUGAAAGGAGCCCUGGGCAGAGUGCUACAAAGGUGCAAAGUGUUUUGGGGACUGUAG